UUAGCUCGUCGGCGUAUCGCUCCGCAGAUGUGGGGAGCUCACUCCCAGCGGCGGCGACAGGGCGGCGGGGCUUCGACGCCGAGACGCGGCCGGAGAUGAGGAGGGACGAGUCGGCGUGAGGAGGACGGUUCUUUGUGCGUGUGUGUGUCCGUGUGUGUUCACGGUCAGCGGGAGCCCCCCCAUCGGAAAGCGGCGAGUGCCAGGUGUGUCUCGUCAGCCACCUUCUAGCCUUUUACCGUCACUGUCAAGGUCACCAUGGCAACCAGCGCCGUGCCAAGUGACAACCUGCCAACAUACAAGCUGGUGGUGGUGGGGGAUGGCGGUGUCGGGAAGAGCGCCCUCACCAUACAAUUCUUCCAGAAGAUCUUCGUGCCGGACUACGAUCCCACGAUAGAGGACUCGUAUCUGAAACACACAGAGAUCGACGGGCAGUGGGCAAUACUGGAUGUGCUGGACACAGCCGGCCAGGAAGAAUUCAGUGCGAUGAGGGAGCAGUAUAUGAGGACAGGAGACGGCUUCCUCAUCGUCUUCUCCGUGACGGACAAGGCCAGCUUUGAACACGUUGACCGAUUCCAUCAACUUAUACUACGGGUCAAAGACAGGGAGGCCUUCCCUAUGGUGCUGGUGGCAAACAAAGUGGACCUGGUGCACCUGAGAAAGGUCACCAGUGAACAGGGUCAAGAGAUGGCAGCAAAACAUAAUAUAACUUAUAUUGAAACCAGUGCUAAGGAUCCUCCAAUGAAUGUGGACAAAGCCUUUCAUGAGCUCGUCCGCGUCAUAAGACAACAGAUCCCGGAGCGAAACCUGAAGAAGAAAAAGAAGAUGAAGUGGAGAGCAGAACGUUCCACAGGCUCCCACAGGUUCCAGUGUGCCAUAUUGUGACCUCCCUCGUUCCUUUGAAUCGUUCUUAACAUUCAAACAACCACACGCACACCCACAUACUGUACCUUUGGAUGUCAGGGAACUCCCCAGCAGUGGUUAGCUACUGGAGCACAAAAGGGAGAGAGAUGAAUAGCUGACGGACAUGAUGGAUAUGUAACGAUGGGCCGAUGCCCCCUCAGCCCUUCACAAUGCCUUGGAAUGAGUGCUGUCACCUGCUCAAUUUACAGUCCCUUUCUGAAGAUCUUCUGAUUCGGUCCAUCCGCAUUCAACACAGAAGAACUGUUUCUCAAUCAAGUGUAAGUUUGAACUUAUCGUCAAAUGUGGCACAAGGCGACAGACUCAGAAGUGGAACUACGGAUAUUAGAAUCCCCUUGAUGUUGGGAUUUUUGACUUCUUGAUAAAAGGAUUGAAAAGGGAGGAACUGGCUCGAAAAUGGCACUUCAGAUACUAUGGACCUCCAACAACCUGCUGGUCAUCACCCGUCCGUCCUCACACUCUUACGGCUUCUUGGAGAGAAGCCCCUGUGUGAUCUCUGGAUGGGUUGUCUUCAUAAGAGCAAGGGGGGAUAAACACGGGAGCGGUGAUUUUUGUUCGUGAUGGAAAUAGAUGUUGUGCGGUGUUGUCGAUGGGUGAACAGCCAAUUCUGUGAGCACAGCGUGUCCCUCGUGGUCAUGUGACGCUCGGGCUUUGAGAUGUCAGUUAGGAGAGGAUGGAAGGAACGUGACGUGAGGCUGAGGAAAUGAUUGACAGGUGAAUGCCAUGGCCAUAUCAACUUGUUUAACACGUGUUUGAAUAUUCUAAUUGUAACGGAGAGUCUGAUCGGUUGUGUGUGAUGUUUAACUUUAAACGUAACAGAGUUUUAUAUCAAAACUGAUGUGUCAGCAGCCAUGUUUACACACGCUCGUAUGAAGGAUUAUUUUCCCGUACAUACAGACAGUAUCUAAGUUUAUGUCUGGGUUGCACUGGAUGCAGGAAACGACACGGAACGUCUGGUUUUUGAUUUCAGUCACGCCAGGAACCUCAUGUAGCAGCCCGGCUGCAGGCGUGCAGCAGACACGCACCCAGUGCGGCCCGGGUCGUCAUCAGUACUGUGAGAACAACAGACCUGGGAAAUACAGUGGGGUCCAAACGUCUUGAGACCACUUUCCCACUCAAGUGAAUGGGCGCCAUGGGAAAAGCUGCCUACACACAUAUAUAUAUAUACAUAAAUACUUUCCAUGUUUUCUUUUUCUAUCUAAACGUAGAGACAAUUAUAUUUGUGCUAUAAAAAUCGAAUUAUAGGUGGCAAUGUAAGUCAAUGCUGUUUUUACAAAUCUGUAGGAUAUCAUGGAAUAGAUGAGGUUUAAUAAUGAGAGCUUCAUGUUUCAGAGCUGAAACUGUCUGGAGAAGCUGAUUUGCACUUGCCACUAACCAAAAUAAUGUGAUGUCACUUUAUUUCAAUCUAGGGGCUUUUCAGACGGCACCACUGAAUUCAGGACUAUGUGUGAAAACUCGCUCAGUAAAGGACGACACUCCCCCAGAUUGGGGAAGUAGACUGUAGCCCCGGGACCACAGCAGGGUCGGGAGGGAUGUGAUGCUCCUGGGGCUCAAAGCCAUGUUAACCCAGCUACAGACCAUGUAUAGUUGUAGGAAAACCACACACAACAAAACAUUCAGUGUCUUCAUGUUUGUAGUCGUGAGGUGGGUAGGAAUGUACCAUUUAAUAACCUAUGAAAUGGCUUGUACUGUUAACGCACUAAAGUUUUCGGUGCACUCUUUGAUUUCGUCCGGAUGAAAACCGUCUCUUGGAAGGAAGAAUAUACAUUUUUGCACUUUUAAUACAAUUUCUGACUUUACUAUUGGCAUGUUGCUCCUGGUUCCAAUCCGCAGGUGAGAUGAAAGGCACGGUGAAAAAAAAUGAUUUGAAUGUAAAAAAAAAUUGAAUGACACAAAACGAGCAAAUAGGCGACUGGCAUUGUAGCCCUGUGUGCCUGUGUGUGCCUGUUGCCUUGGCCAUAACGGAGAUGAAGUACAUGGGAACCAUUUGAAGGGCACUCCGUUACAAGUGGAGGAGGUAGAAGCUCACACAUUGAAGGCCGGACAACUUCACCUCAGCAUGAAAGUGGAAAAAACAACCUCAGCAAAAAAAGAUGGAGGCAUCGAUCUGCUCCCACUGGGGAUUAAGGGACCUGGCAAAGAGAGUUUCCAGAGAAGGACUGAAAACAAUGAAGUACUGAGCUUAGAACAAUGAAGCAACACACUCUGGACCAUGGGGGGGGGGGGGGGAGUAUAAAACAAAAAAAAAAAUGUGAUUGAUGAAAAUGUUGCAUCAUGUAUGUUUGAUACCUUUUUGUAUUAUUGAUAUGAAUUAUUGAUAUGAUUCUUGCAAAGUGUUUUUUAAAUGACUGAAUAAUUUAUUACUGUCUAUGUUACCUCAGUGUGUCCCAGACCUGGACAAAAAAAUAACCGAUAACCCCCCCCCCCUUGUGUUUUACCUUCCUGGGUUUUCUUUGGGACUCUCAGCAGCUGAACGGCCUUUUCCUUCAAGCCCCGUUAUGAAGAGACUUGUGAUGAAGAAACUAAAAUUGGUCCUGAGCCAGAAAGGAAAAGAAAACAAGUCAACAUAAGGAUCUGUGCUCAUGUGGUCGGCCUCAGGAUGAGAACGUAAUCGCACAAACACCAAAACAGGGAAAAAGGAAAGUCAAUCCUACUUGUAGUUUUUUUUAAAUGUUUUGUUGUUCAGUGGGAAAUUCAAUUUGUCACGAUGUUGAGAAAUACACAAAGAGUCGGGUGAAAUGGUUUGUGUGCAGAUAAGAUAACUUAUAAUUUAAAACAAGAAUGUUGUUACUCUUCUCAUCUAACUCUCUGAGCCGUUCCCCACCCUUCACCUUCCCGCUCAAACAAACCUUCUGAUUUGAUGCACAGGUUUUUAUAUAUCCGUUUAAUUGACCCUGAAUCAUAUGUGAGCUCAAAUUGAGCACUUUUGUUUUUAAGUCAUCGAAGAGGCUGUGUGACUUUUUCAAAUCAGAAACUGAUUCUUGACUGAUUUGAACUGAUUGGAGUUGUGUCUGUCCUGGAACCUUGUCAAGAUGUGAAGCGCCACGUAAACGGCAACAUGAACAAAAACAAUCAUACAAACACCAUUUGGAGUUUCCCACCCGUUGUGUAAUGUGUGUCUUUGGAAAAAAAAGGUCUGUUGUGUUGGAACUGGCUGUGUCAGACUGAGGAGCUAGACGAGGCACAAACAAACUGUGGCCUUUUUCUCUAGCCUCAGGGUUCGACUAUAUUUCAAUAAAAAAAAACCAUACAAGUAUUGUGA